AUGCUAGGGCUAGCUCGGGGAGAGAGAAGAGAGAGAGAGAGCCUUCUGAUGGUGGGAAGGAAGAACCCCAACUCGACUCCUAUUUUUGAGUUCAUUGUGAGUAGAAAUCAUGCCUCCGAGCACAGACUUUUCUCGGUGGUGGCGAAGGACACCAGACAGGGAACUCCGGUGAUAGUCACGAUGGAGAAUCCAAACUACUCCGUCGUCGAAAUUGACGGCCCUGACGUCGCAUUCAGGCCGGUGGACAAGGAGAGGGCAAAAAUGCGAAGCAAUUCACAUGGGUCUUGCUUCUCAAGGCUCACCGGCGUGGGUUUUCCUCGCCUGGCUCGGCAAUUUCCUCUGGGAACUGCUCGGCACCGUCAAGAAAAGGUUAAUUCUCGGCCAAGGGUGUGGGCAAUGGAGAACGAAAAAUCUGGCAAGGGAAAGUUACUGUACAGGGUCAUUCUGGGCUUCUUAGUCACCGCCUUGGCGUUUCUGGCCUUUGAAGUUGUUGCUCACUUCAAUGGCUGGCAGCUUGGAGAUUCAGGGUGGCUUCAUGGUGUGUAUUAUAUUGGCUGGAGUUUCGCUCAAGAGAUACAUGCUCCUCUGCUUCAAGCUCUUUCUAGGUUCUGCGUCGUUCUAUUCCUGAUUCAGUCCGCCGACAGGCUGAUACUUUGCUUAGGCUGCUUCUGGAUCAAGUACAAAAAGAUUAAACCACAAUUCUCAGGGAUCCCUUUAAGUCUGAGGAUUUGGAGGGUUCAGGGCAUGACUAUCCUAUGGUUCUUGUCCAGAUUCCAAUGUGUAAUGAGAGAGAGGCAAGUAUACGAACAAUCAAUCUCAGCGUUUCUUGACGACUCUGAUGAUGAAAGCAUUCAGUGGUUGAUCAGGGGAGAGGUCUCAAAGUGGAGCCAGAAGGGUGUCAACAUCAUCUACAGGCAUCGAUUGGUUAGAACUGGCUAUAAAGCUGGAAACCUUAAGUCUGCCAUGAAUUGCGAUUAUGAUAAUCCUGAAUUAGGAUUAGUUCAGGCCAGAUGGGCUUUUUGUGAACAAGGACGAAAAUCUUUUAACGCGCCUACAAAACAUAAUUUGUGCUUCCACUUUGAGGUGGAGCAGCAGGUUAAUGGGGUCUUUCUAAGCUUCUUUGGUGUAUGGAGAAUCAGAGCACUGGAAGAGUCUGGUGGUUGGCUCGAGAGGACAACUGUAGAGGAUAUGGAUAUAGCUGUUCGUGCUCAUCUCAAUGGCUGGAAAUUUAUUUUCCUCAAUGAUGUGAAGUUCCAGAAUCUUAUGCAGCUUAUAAGAAACAGCAACACCGUGCAUUCUGGUCCCAUGCAACUCUUUCGCCUAUGCCUUCCAGAUAUCAUCACUUCUAAGAUAUCAUUUUGGAAGAAAGCAAACUUGAUACUACUCUUCUUUCUCUUGAGGAAACUCGUUCUGCCAUUCUAUUCUUUCACAUUGUUUUGCAUCAUCCUUCCUCUAACCAUGUUUGUUCCGAAGCCGAGAUACCUCUCUGUGGUUUGUUAUGUUCCUGUUUUCAUGUCAUUCUUGAGUAUUCUUCCUACACCUAGAUCCGUCCCAUUUAUUGCCCAUACCUUCUGUUUGAGAACACGAUGUCUGUGA